AUGGGGUGCAUGGGGGCGGGCUGCCUGGCAGCGCUGGCUGUGCUGUGUGGGGCUUUCGGGGAUGCUCCCAGCAGAGGCAUCAAAUGCGGGGGGGUGCUUUCAGCACCCUCUGGCAAUUUCUCCAGCCCCAACUUCCCGGGGCUGUACCCCUACGAGACAGAGUGCACGUGGCUGAUCGUGGUGGCCGAGGGCUCCUCCGUCCUGCUCUCCUUCAGCCACUUCGAGUUGGAGUACCACGCCGCCUGUGCCUACGACUACCUCCAGGUCUACAACGGGGCUGCCCGGGAUCAGGGCAACCUCCUGGGCACCUUCUGCGGCCACAGCCCCCCGCCACCCUUCUCCUCCGCCUGGCACGUCAUGGCCAUCGUCUUCCGCUCCGACCGGCAUGUGGCCAAGCGCGGCUUUGCCGCUGCCUACCAGAAAGAUGCCUGUGGUGGGCAGCUGACAGGACUGUCCGGGGAGAUCACCAGCCCCCGCUACCCCGAGAGCUACCCCAACGAAGCCGAGUGCCGCUGGAGCAUCGGGGGGGCUGGCGGCCCCCUCACACUGGUGUUCACCGACUUCCAGGUGGAGGGGGGCCAGGGCUGCACCUUCGACUACGUGGCCCUUUUCGAUGGCCCCACCACUGCUGCCCCCCGCCUGGGACGCUACUGCGGCAGCGCCCGCCCACCUCGCACCGUUGUCAGAGUGGUGGGGUUUGCUUUAAUUUUUUCCUUUCCCUUCGUUCCCCGAGCAGGCGAGUGCCAGGAGGUGUUCACCACCAUCAAAGGGAAUCUCUCCAGCCCUCGGUACCCCAACUUCUACCCCAACAACCUCAAGUGCCAGUGGAGCAUCCGGCUGCCCCUGCGCUACCGGGUCAAGGUCUUCUUCUUGGACAUGGAGCUGGAGGGCCGGAGCAGCCUGACAGGCAGCUGUGACUAUGACCACCUGGCCGCCUUCGAUGGUGGCGCUGAGAACGGGUCCCUGCUGGGGCGGUGGUGCGGGCGGGAGAGCCUGGCGCCCAUCCCCUCCCGCAGCAACCAGCUGCUGCUGGUCCUCCACACCGACCGCAACACGGCCAAGAGGGGCUUCUCCAUCGCCUACGUGGGAGUUGUGCCCAUGAACGUCAGCUGCACCCGGACAGAAUUCCACAUCCGGAUCCCCGUGCAGUCCCUGGCCCAGCUGGAGAGGAAUAGGAUUUAUUUGGGGACCCCCUCCUGUGCAGCCCAGGUGGUUGGUGGGAACUUUAAAAUACACACCAGGUUCGACACCUGCAGCACCGAAUCCCAGAAACGCAACAACACAUCCGUCAUUGUCAGCACCCUCUACAUCGAUUUUUCGGUGGGCAACCAGGAGGACAUCCACCAGUACGAGGUGCAGUGUGAGCCAAAGAGGAAGGAAGCCUCGGUGACCCUCAUCGCCGGCCCUGACCCGUCCAGGCUCAGCCAGGCAGAAAACCUGGUAGAUGCCCAACAGCGGGACAGGGAAGCAAUGGAUGCCCACGAAAUCAAGAGCCAGGACACCAGCGACAUCGUCUUCAUCAGCAUCUGCAUCCUGGCCGGGCUCCUCAUGGUCAUCGCGGUGGUGGGGCUCGUGCUUCUGUAG